AUGCUAUUAUAUUAUUGCGAGACACACUGUAGCACCAUUCUGAGAAGUGGCGCGCUCCGCGCCCUCAGCACUACACCCGCAGCACUACACCCGCAGCACUACACCCUCAGCACUACACCAGCAGCACUACACCCUCAGCACUACACCCUCAGCACUACACCCUCAGCACUACACCAGCAGCACUACACCCUCAGCACUACACCCUCAGCACUACACCUGCAGCACUACACCCUCAGCACUACACCAGCAGCACUACACCCUCAGCACUACACCCUCAGCACUACACCCUCAGCACUACACCCUCAGCACUACCCCCUCAGCACUACCCCCGCAGCACUACACCCGCAGCACUACACCCUCAGCACUACCCCCGCAGCACUACCCCGCAGCACUACACCCUCAGCACUACACCCUCAGCACUACACCCUCAGCACUACACCCUCAGCACUACACCUGCAGCACUACACCCUCAGCACUACACCCUCAGCAGUACUACACCCUCAGGACUACACCCUCAGCACUACACCCUCAGGACUACACCCACAGCACUACACCCACAGCACUACACCCACAGCACUACACCCACAGCACUACACCCACAGCACUACACCCUCAGCACUACACCCACAGCACUACACCCACAGCACUACACCCUCAGCACUACACCAGCAGCACUACACCCGCAGCACUACACCCACAGCACUACACCAGCAGCACUACACCCACAGCACUACACCCACAGCACUACACCCACAGCACUACACCCACAGCACUACACCCUCAGCACUACACCCGCAGCACUACACCCUCAGCACUACACCAGCAGCACUACACCCACAGCACUACACCCUCAGCACUACACCCACAGCACUACACCCUCGGCACUACACCAGCAGCACUACACCCACAGCACUACACCAGCAGCACUACACCAGCAGCACUACACCCUCAGCACUACACCCUCAGGACUACACCCCCAGUACUACACCAGCAGCACUACACCCACAGCACUACACCCUCAGUACUACACCAGCAGCACUACCUACACCAGCAGCACUACACCCUCAGGACUACACCCCUGAUUAUAACGGUUGGAUGACUCUGGGAGUUUCACGUAACCACAGCUCUAUGAACUAA